AUGCUUCAUCAUUCGAGUAUAUACGAAAGUGGCGAUCCUGCGAAAAGUCUCUUGGAGCGAUUUCCUUCUACUGGUUUGCUAUUGGUGAUUCCCGGUGGUAAUAUUGGGUUUCAUCAAUGGGAUGUAUCGUUAUUGAAUAUAAUAUCCAAACGGAACUUAGUGGCAUUAUACAUGAAUCUCAUUUUCCUUCAGCCCGCUUUGGGCACUAUGAAGCUCUCUAUAUUCAUCACGUACCUUGAAAUCUUUCAGGGUUUACGCUGGAUGCAAAUCUGCGUUUACAUCGGUGCAACAUUCUCUACCGCUUUUUAUCUAGCGCUCACAAUUGUACAAUUUUACGCCGCAACGCCCGUCGGCGGAGGAAGAUUUGCUAAGAUGAUAUUCAUGCCCCGUUUUGCCCUACUAAAACGCAUCACAUUUGCAGUGACUGGUAUUGCAUUAGCCAUUGAUAUAUACCUUUUUGUCUUACCGCUUAUUGCGGUCAGUAAGCUCCGUAUACCGACGAGAAGGAAGAUUUUUGUGAUGAUAGGAUUUGGUAUAGGAUUAUCCGCUUGCAUUUGUGCUGCACUAAGUUUUGUGUAUCGUUACAUCGAUCACUGGAGUACCGAUACUACAUGGACUUCUCUCCCAGUCAUUGUCUUAACAUCUGUCGAAUUAUUCUGCGGCAUUAUAAUAGCUUGUUUCCCGUCGUUGCUCCUUUUUUUCCGCAGACACUACGAACAUUUUGCCAAUGCGGGCGCGGCUUUAUUGUCCUGGUUGCGUUGUGACCGACACAGGAAGUCAGAUACAACAACCAAGGAAUCUCAGUAUUCAAGUUAUCCUUCCGAACGAACACCAGCCGGUGAAGUAAAUCUUUACCCCGAUCUUGACUUCUUGACAACGCCUGGAGACAUUGAGCGUACCGCCUUGGAAAAGCGAAUGGAGAAUAGAAUUGGACUGGAUGUGAUCGCCGUGUGA